CGACCCCGCGGCGUCCACUUUCUGCCUCGCGCGCGAGGGGGCUCGGCGGCCACCGCUCCUCACCCGGUCUUUGCGGCCACGUGGGGAAACGGUGAGGUUCGCGGCUGUCACCGGCUGCGCCGCCUCUGAUCCCUUUCGGCCGCCGUACGUGCGCAGGCGCUUUGGCGCCGCCUCGCCUCGGCCUCCCUCAGCCCUGUGAACCGCUCCCGGGGUGACCAAGGGUGACCGUGAGUGCAGGUAAAGCCGAGGGAGCCAACAGGUGUGCGACGGCGGCGUCUUUGUCUCCUUUUUCGGGCGGUUCCCGUUGCCGCCGCUCCAGGCAGAGAAAUUUUUUUGCCUCAGGAGUGUCCGCCCUGAAGACGGGGCAGUGCGCCUGCGCAAGAGAGUUUGGCGGCGGCUGUCUGCGCCUGUGCAUCAAGGCUCGGCGGCGGCCUGCGCCUGCGCGGCGCGGCGCUGCGGAGACCGUUGGCUCAUUUGCAUGUCCCCGCCUCGCGCGGUGGCGGCGGCGGGUCAGAGAAACAUGGCAGCAAGGAGAAUUGCGCAGGAGACUUUUGAUGCUGUAUUGCAGGAAAAGGCUAACCGAUAUCAUAUGGACCCCAGUGGUGAGGCUGUAGGCGAAGCUCUUCAGUUUAAAGCUCAAGAUCUUCUAAGGACAGUCCCAAGAGCCAGAGCAGAUAUGUAUGAUGACAUUCAUAGCAACAGCAGAUACACUCUGGGCGGAUCUGUAGCUCAUCCUCGAGACACUGGGAGAGAAGGCCUGAGAGGUGAUAUAUUUCCAGGACCUUCCUUCAGAUCAAGCAACCCUUCUGUAAGUGACGACAGCUACUUUCGCAAAGAAUGUGGUCGGGACCUGGAAUUUUCCCACCCUGACUCCCGAGACCAGGUCUUCGGCCACCGGAAAUUGGGACAUUUCCGUUCUCAGGACUGGAAAUUUGCACUCCGUGGCUCUUGGGAACAAGACUUUGGCCAUUCAGUUUCUCAAGAAUCCUCCUGGUCACAGGAGUAUAGUUUUGGUCCUUCUGCAUUACUGGGGGAUUUUGGCUCCUCCAGGCUGAUUGAGAAAGAGUGUUUGGAGAAAGAGAGUCGGGAUUACGACGUGGACCGUCCAGGAGAGGCAGACACUGUGCUCCGGGGCAGCAGCCAAGUCCAGGGCAGAGGCCGAGGUCUAAACAUCGUUGACCAGGAGGGUGCCCUCCUAGGAAAGGGGGAGACUCAAGGCCUGCUCACGCCUAAAGGGGGGGUCGGGAAACUUGUCAUGCUGAGAAAUGUGAGCACAAAAAAGGUACCCACUAUAAGUUGUAUCACUCCCAAAACUCAGGGCACUAACCAAAUUCAGAAAACCACCCCAAGUCCUGAUCUGACCCUGGGGACAAACCCAGGGACAGAAGAUGUCCAAUUCCCCACUCAGAAAAUCCCUUUGGGGCUUAACCUGAAGGAUAUUCGGCUCCCCAGAAGAAAGAUGAGCUUCGACCUGAUAGAUAAGUCUGAUGUUUUUUCAAGGUUUGGGAUAGAAAUAAUCAAAUGGGCAGGAUUCCACACCAUAAAAGAUGAUGUUAAAUUUUCCCAGCUUUUCCAGACUCUCUUUGAACUUGAAACCGAAACCUGUGCUAAAAUGCUCGCCUCAUUCAAAUGCUCCUUAAAACCAGAGCACAGAGAUUUUUGCUUUUUUACUAUCAAAUUUUUAAAGCACUCUGCUUUGAAAACACCCAGAGUUGAUAACGAGUUUUUAAACAUGCUUUUAGACAAAGGUGCUGUGAAGACCAAAAAUUGCUUUUUUGAAAUCAUAAAGCCCUUUGAUAAAUACAUAAUGAGGCUACAAGACCGGCUGCUGAAGAGUGUCACACCCCUGCUCAUGGCCUGCAAUGCCUACGAGCUGAGUGUCAAGAUGAAGACCCUCAGUAACCCCCUGGACUUGGCUAUUGCCCUGGAGACCACCAAUUCUCUCUGCCGGAAGUCUCUAGCUCUUUUGGGACAGACGUUCUCCUUGGCCUCUUCUUUCCGGCAAGAGAAAAUCUUAGAAGCCGUCGGCCUCCAAGAUAUAGCUCCCUCUCCUGCCGCAUUUCCAAACUUCGAGGACUCUACUCUGUUUGGGAGAGAGUACAUCGAUCACCUGAAGGCCUGGCUGGUCAGCAGUGGGUGUCCACUCCAGGUCAAGAAAGCCGAACCCGAGCCAACCCGAGAUCAGGAGAAAACGGUUCCUCCUACCAAACCUGAAAUUCAGGCUAAGGCUCUGAGUGGUCUGAGUGAUGAGGUCCCCCAGCGAGCAGACCACAAGGUGGUGGACACCAUUGACCAGCUGGUCACACGUGUUGUUGGAGGCAGCCUGUCUCCCAAAGAAAGAGCUCUUCUCAAGGAGGACCCUGCUUACUGGUUUUUAUCUGAUGACAGUAGUCUGGAGUAUAAAUAUUAUAAGCUGAAGCUGGCAGAAAUGCAGCGGAUGAGCCAGACCUUGCCAGGAGCAGAUCAGAAGCCGAUGGCGGCAGAAUGUGCAGUCCGGGCCAUGCUAUAUGCCCGGGCGGUCCGGAGCCUCAAGAAGAGGCUCCUACCAGGGCGGCGGCGGGGACUGCUUCGAGCUCAAGGACUCCGGGGCUGGAAAGUGAGGAGAGCGACCACCGGGACCCAGACCCUCCUCUCCUCAGGCACCAGGCUGAAACACCAUGGCCGGCAGGCUCCAGGCUCCUUGCAGGGAAAGCCGCCCCAACCAGACGGAAAUGAUGCUGCCAAGGACUGCCCGCCAGACCCAGCCGGACCCUCUCCUCGGGACCCCAGCCCAGAAGCCUCAGGCCCAUCCCCCAAGCCAGCAGGAGUGGAUGUCUCCGAAGCCCCUCAGAUCUCUUCUCCCUGCCUGUCUACUGAUGUUGAUACGAAGACAAUGGAGACUGCAGAGAAACUGGCCAAAUUUGUUGCUCAGGUGGGACCAGAGAUUGAACAAUUCAGCAUAGAAAACAGCAUUGACAACCCCGACCUUUGGUUUCUACAUGACCAAAACAGUUCAGCUUUCAAAUUCUAUCGAAAGAAAGUAUUUGAACUGUGCCCAUCGAUUUGCUUUACGUCAUCUCCGCUGAACCUUCAUGCCAGCAAGAGCGCCGAUUCUCAGGAGAGCCCCCUGGAGCCCAUGGAGGGGGAAGGAGAGUUUGAGGAUGAGCCCUCUCAGCACGAGGCUGAGCUGGAGAGCCCAGAGGUGAUGCCUGAGGAAGAUGAGGGCGAGGAGGAGGAUGAGGAGGAGGACGAGGAAAGGGGUGAGGAGGCCCCCACUCCUGGAGGGGCCUCCAGGCCGGCAGGAGGGUCGACCAAGUCCGAGGGCUCGGAGGGCAUCCCCCCAGCUGAUGGCCUCCUGAGCGAGGUGGCCGAGGAUGGCCCGGCUGGUGCGCCUGCCCUGUCACAGUCCUCCUCAGGGGCCUGCUUCCCCCGGAAGAGAGUCAGCAGCAAGUCGUUGAAGGUCGGCAUGAUUCCGGCUCCCAAGAGGCUGUGUCUCAUCCAGGAGCCCAAAGUUCACGAACCAGUUCGAAUUGCUUAUGACAGGCCUCGGGGUCGUCCCGUGACCAAGAAGAAGAAACCCCAGGACUUUGAUUUCGCCCAGCAGAAACUGACCGACAAGAACCUGGGGUUCCAGAUGCUACAGAAGAUGGGCUGGAAGGAGGGCCACGGCCUGGGCUCCUGUGGGAAGGGCAUCAGGGAGCCCGUCAGCGUGGGAACUGCCUCGGAAGGGGAGGGGUUGGGUGCCGACGGGCAGGAGCACAAAGAAGACACGUUUGACGUGUUCCGUCAGAGGAUGAUGCAGAUGUACAGACACAAACGGGCCAACAAAUAGGCUGAAGGAACGAGCCCCAUGCUCGCCAAGCGCCACUGCACACAUCCCAUGGUGCGGCCUCAGCACUGGGCUCCCAGGUGCGACUGUACGUGGCCAUCUUGUGGAAACAAGCCACCACGGGAGCGGCCUGGUGUCUUGGAAGUGUAAGGGUGACCUGGAAGCUGGUGCUGCAGAGGACGCCACUCUGCCUCAUCCCUUUCUUAGGGUCUUCAAAUCCUUUUCCUUCUGCGGGGCCUUUGGCCUAUAAAUAUCCUAUCUUUCUCCUCUCCUUUUAGUUGUCCUCCCCACCCAUAAUUUCCAUCUCAGUUUUGAACAAAAUCGUUCUCUCCCUGAAUAGAUGAAAACCAUUGGUGAGAAAGAUAAGGCUUGAAGCAGCAAUUACUCUUAAAACGCCACCUCUGUCCCGGAUCUGCCCUGGAACCAGUGCCCAAGUAGGUUUGGUGUGUACACAAAAAACAAACGUCUCUGCAGUUUCUGGUGCGGAGGUUCCACCCGCUGGCUUUUCUUUUUCUUAAAAAAAGAACGCACCAUUUCCAAUCUGCUUUUGCCUUUCACCCUCUUCCAAAUGCUUUUGGCAGCAAGUCUUCUCCAAGUCUCCCCUGGUUCCACUCAGAAGGUGGGGCUGCCCUUGAAAGCACCAGCGCCCUUUAAGUGCUCAGGAACCAGCUCCUGUCGGUUUUCCUGUCCCUGGACACAUUGCUCUCUAAAAGUGAUCUGCUAGCAAACUUGAUACCGAAACAGUCACAGAUCGUAUCUUCUCAAAUUUAAAUAGGGAAUAUAAAUCAGUAAUAAUGAGGUCUGUGCUCUGGUACCAUAGCUGUCAGUCGGAGUGCUGAAGCUCUUUAAACAAGUGGAGGUACUGGAUUCGAUGAACGUGUUAUUUAUGGAGUCUCAUCUCUUAAAUGCAUCCCAAGAGACUUAACGAAAUUUCAGCAAUGUAUUCAGCAGCUGUAUUCAGUGGGGAGUAAUCAUUACACCGAUGAAACUUUCCCCAAAUUUACGUGUCUCUUAGAAUCCACAAAGCAAACUAGUUGUUUUUUUUUUUAAACCACAUAUGGAGUCUCUCCUACAAAGGGGUGGGAGGUGUAAACUCUUCAAGACUCUUCAUUUUUUGCAUGUGUGGCAGUGUAAAGAAUUGUUUUAUUAGGGCCUUUGUACAGAGCAGAAAGGAUCCUCUUGGGGUGGGCUCUGCAGCUGUUUGCUAUUUCAAGGCAUAUGAUUGCCGCCCCUUCCAGCUUCUCGCACUCUGCCUCUUGCAACUACAUGCGAAAUUCUCAGGCUGUGGGAAUCUCUCAGCCCUUCCUCAUAAAGAAGCAGUGUUGAAGUUUUAAAUACAUGCUAAAGUCUGGAAAACAGGAUCCUGCUGAUACUAUAAGCUUGGGGGACACAGCAGUGAGUUUCCCUGUCAGCCACUUGUAUUGGCUGUUGUGAAAUCCUUGCUUUCUCAAAGCCCGAGACCUCCUGGGCUGUAGUCCCAGGCUUCUCUGGAUCUGUCUUGUCUGUCUGGCCCACACUCACCAGCACAGCGUCACGGGCCUGUGCCAGCAUCUUACGUGCCAGCCUGAUGUUGCCCUUCUUCAUGCCACGGGUAGUCCCCAGGGCUCUGCUUGCUUCUGGUCACUUUUGUUGCUUUGGAAACUGGCAGAUCUUUAUGGCCACGGACAUGCUGGAGGUUCUUCAGCAGAGUUGAAAUAGCCUGCAGGGGUGGUGUGGUUUGGGGGAACCACAGCUAUGGGGGUUCACCUCCUUUCUCUUCUAAUCUUUCCAACAGCCUUCCACAUUGGCUGGGGGUCAGGUAAAGGGAUAGAACUCUGAGAACAGGGCCUCGAUCCCGCAUGGCCUUUCACAGCACGCUUUGGUGCUGAGUGAGGUGUGCACCCCCCAGCAUGGGUCCUGGCUCUUUCUUCAAGCGUAGCUUUGACCAUCAUAUUCGCUUUGUCCUAGUAUGCUCAUCCUUGGCUUUCUCUGCUUUUAUUUAUAAGUAAAAUACUUUAGGAAUUCCCGGGGUUUGAGCCCUGUUCCCACAGCCUCCUGCCACUCCUCCUCCUGGGGGUGUCCUGCUUUGAGCUGACACUGUGAGCCUUUGGCAGUCGUCAAAGGGAGCACCUACUUCUUGAGCCUGGAAAGUCCUGUAAGCACUCAGGUGGCGCUUCUGUGGAGUUGGCAUUGAGGCAGUGAAGGCAUUGCGUGGGCCGGGGAGGAGCGUGGUGGUGCGUCCCUGUGCCAGCUGUCAGCUGGGGACCAGCGCGCUGGCCCUCUGUGCCCGCCCUUGCCCUCUCCAGCAGAGACCGCUCUACGGGGAGCACGCGUGAGCAAGUGCGAUGUGCAGUUGCAUAGCCUUGUCAAAGUCACAGUGUCUUUUCUGUCAUUCUAGUUCCAGGGUCUCUUCCAUGAGGACGACAGGCAUCCGGAAAGUGCUAACUCACCACUUUGGGUGCUUACUGUCUCUGCCUUGUUUCCAUCACUGGAAAUCAUAUAGAGAAAUUUAGCGUUUUUGGUCCUUGGUAAAACCUAGAAGACGUUUGUGAUGUUACAAAAUGGAAGCUUUGGGUUUUUUUUCUUUUUUUUAAUCUAAGAAGUUGUGGUUGUUGUUAAUCAUUUAGCAGUUGAAAUAAAUG